GAGUCUUAUUAAUUUCUCUGUGGGGCUGCAGCUGGAGACGGCGGAGCGUUGGAAAUGACGCUCGGAGCUUUAAUUACCGCAGCCGCCGGACAAGUGUGAGGAAAGCUGACAGGAAAAAAGGACGGGAUCGCGUGAAGCAAGAAGCUUCUCCCCGCCACCCCUCCCUUUCCUCCCAAUUUGGACUGGAGGUGCGAGGAAACUGAAAAGUGAGCCGAAUAGAGUCCGGCUGGGGGGAGAGGCCGGAAAGCUACCGCCUGUUUGCAAUCAACUUUUUUUGGAAACCCUUUUCCGAACCCUUCCUUUUUAUUGUUGACCAACCAGGGAGAGAGCGAGAAAGUGAGGAGGGAGCGAGAAAGCGGAGGCUCACACGGGGAAAUAGCUGUCCGGCCCGACCAGGAGCACCACGCGCACACACUCGAGCCCACUCCCACCCGCGCGCACCCUCACGCGCACCCUCUCCCCCCGCUUCUCCGGGCCUCGGCCCCGCGGGCAAGGACUGGGUCGCCCGCGCUCGGAGCCGGUGUCCCGCGCGCGCCAGUGCCCCACGCGCGCCCGGCUGAGGGAUCUCCUCCGUGUGCCCGAAAGGGGAUAUGCCAUUUGGACAUGUAAUUAUCAGCACGGGAUCUGAGACUUCCAAAAAAUGAAGCUGGCGACAGGACUGUGGGUCUGGGUGAGCCUUCUCGUGGCGGCGGGGACCGUCCAGCCCAGCGCUUCUCAGUCAGUGUGCGCAGGAACAGAGAAUAAGCUGAGCUCUCUCUCUGACCUGGAACAGCAGUACCGAGCCUUGCGCAAAUACUAUGAGAACUGUGAGGUAGUCAUGGGCAACCUGGAGAUAACCAGCAUCGAGCACAACCGGGACCUCUCUUUCCUGCGGUCUAUAAGAGAAGUCACAGGCUACGUGUUGGUGGCUCUUAAUCAGUUUCGCUAUCUGCCUCUGGAGAAUUUACGCAUUAUUCGUGGGACAAAACUUUAUGAAGAUCGAUAUGCCUUGGCAAUAUUUUUAAACUACAGAAAAGAUGGAAACUUUGGACUUCAAGAACUUGGAUUGAAGAACUUGACUGAAAUCCUAAACGGUGGAGUCUAUGUAGACCAGAACAAGUUUCUUUGUUAUACAGACACAAUUCAUUGGCAAGAUAUUGUUCGGAAUCCAUGGCCUUCCAACCUGACUCUGGUGUCAACAAAUGGUAGCUCAGGAUGUGGACGUUGCCAUAAGUCCUGCACUGGCCGAUGCUGGGGACCCACAGAAAAUCAUUGCCAGACUUUGACAAGGACUGUCUGUGCAGAACAGUGUGAUGGCAGGUGCUACGGACCCUACGUUAGUGACUGCUGUCACCGAGAAUGUGCUGGAGGCUGCUCGGGACCUAAGGAUACCGACUGCUUUGCCUGCAUGAACUUCAAUGAUAGUGGAGCAUGUGUUACUCAGUGUCCGCAAACUUUUGUCUACAAUCCAACAACCUUUCAACUGGAGCAUAACUUCAAUGCAAAAUACACCUAUGGAGCAUUUUGUGUCAAGAAGUGCCCACAUAACUUCGUGGUCGAUUCCAGUUCCUGUGUGCGUGCCUGCCCUAGUUCCAAGAUGGAAGUAGAAGAAAAUGGGAUUAAAAUGUGUAAACCUUGUACUGACAUUUGCCCAAAAGCUUGUGAUGGCAUUGGCACAGGAUCAUUGAUGUCAGCUCAGACCGUGGAUUCUAGUAACAUUGACAAAUUCAUAAACUGCACCAAAAUCAAUGGGAAUUUGAUCUUCCUAGUCACUGGUAUUCAUGGGGACCCUUACAAUGCAAUUGAAGCCAUAGACCCAGAGAAACUGAACGUGUUUCGGACAGUCCGAGAGAUAACAGGUUUCUUGAACAUACAAUCAUGGCCCCCAAACAUGACUGACUUCAGUGUUUUUUCUAACCUGGUGACCAUUGGUGGAAGAGUACUCUAUAGUGGCCUUUCCUUGCUUAUCCUCAAGCAACAGGGCAUCACUUCUCUGCAAUUCCAAUCCCUGAAGGAAAUCAGUGCAGGAAACAUCUAUAUCACUGACAACAGCAACCUGUGUUAUUAUCAUACCAUUAACUGGACAACGCUCUUCAGCACAAUCAACCAGAGAAUAGUGAUCCGGGACAACAGGAAAGCUGAAAACUGUACUGCUGAAGGAAUGGUGUGCAACCAUCUCUGUUCAAACGAUGGGUGUUGGGGACCUGGGCCAGACCAGUGCCUGUCGUGCCGUCGCUUCAGUAGGGGAAGGACCUGCAUAGAGUCUUGUAACCUCUAUGAUGGUGAAUUUCGGGAGUUUGAGAAUGGCUCCAUCUGUGUGGAGUGUGACCCCCAGUGUGAGAAGAUGGAAGAUGGCAUCCUCACAUGCCAUGGACCGGGACCUGACAACUGUACAAAGUGCUCCCAUUUUAAGGAUGGCCCGAACUGUGUGGAAAAAUGUCCAGAUGGCUUACAGGGGGCAAACAGUUUCAUUUUCAAGUAUGCUGAUCAGGAUCGGGAGUGCCACCCAUGCCAUCCAAACUGCACCCAAGGGUGCAUAGGCUCAAGUAUUGAAGACUGCAUCGGCCUGAUGGAUAGGACUCCUCUAAUUGCAGCCGGAGUCAUUGGCGGGCUCUUCAUCAUGGUCAUCGUGGGUCUAACAUUUGCAGUUUAUGUUAGAAGGAAGAGCAUCAAAAAGAAAAGAGCCUUAAGAAGAUUCCUGGAAACAGAGUUGGUAGAACCCUUAACACCCAGUGGUACGGCGCCUAAUCAAGCUCAACUACGUAUUUUGAAAGAAACUGAGCUCAAAAGAGUAAAAGUACUUGGUUCAGGUGCUUUUGGAACUGUUUAUAAAGGUAUUUGGGUCCCUGAAGGAGAAACAGUGAAGAUUCCUGUGGCUAUUAAGAUUCUUAAUGAAACAACUGGUCCCAAAGCCAAUGUGGAGUUUAUGGAUGAAGCUCUGAUCAUGGCAAGUAUGGACCAUCCACACUUAGUCCGGUUAUUGGGUGUGUGUCUAAGCCCAACCAUUCAGCUGGUUACACAGCUUAUGCCCCAUGGCUGCCUGUUGGAUUAUGUCCAUGAACACAAGGAUAACAUUGGAUCCCAGCUAUUGCUUAAUUGGUGUGUCCAGAUAGCUAAGGGAAUGAUGUACCUGGAAGAAAGACGGCUUGUUCAUCGGGAUUUGGCAGCCCGUAAUGUCUUAGUGAAAUCUCCAAACCAUGUAAAAAUCACGGAUUUUGGACUAGCCAGGCUCUUGGAAGGUGAUGAAAAAGAGUAUAAUGCUGAUGGAGGAAAGAUGCCAAUUAAAUGGAUGGCUUUGGAGUGUAUACACUAUAGGAAAUUCACCCAUCAGAGUGACGUUUGGAGCUAUGGAGUCACUAUAUGGGAACUGAUGACCUUUGGAGGAAAACCCUAUGAUGGAAUUCCAACCAGAGAAAUCCCCGAUUUGUUAGAGAAAGGAGAACGUUUGCCCCAGCCUCCCAUCUGCACUAUUGAUGUUUAUAUGGUCAUGGUCAAAUGUUGGAUGAUUGAUGCUGACAGUAGACCUAAAUUUAAGGAACUGGCUGCUGAAUUUUCGAGGAUGGCUCGAGACCCUCAAAGAUACCUAGUUAUUCAGGGUGAUGAUCGUAUGAAGCUUCCCAGUCCAAACGACAGCAAGUUCUUUCAGAAUCUCUUGGAUGAAGAGGAUUUAGAAGAUAUGAUGGAUGCUGAGGAAUAUCUGGUCCCUCAGGCUUUCAACAUCCCACCUCCUAUCUAUACUUCCAGAGCAAGAAUCGACUCAAAUAGGAGUGAAAUUGGACACAGCCCUCCUCCUGCCUACACCCCCAUGUCAGGAAACCAGUUUGUGUACCGAGAUGGGGGUUUUGCUGCAGAACAAGGAGUGCCCAUGCCCUAUAGGGCCACCACCAGCACGAUCCCAGAAGCCCCCGUUGCUCAGGGGGCUACCGCCGAGAUUUUUGAUGACUCCUGCUGUAACGGCACCUUACGCAAGUCCGUGGCACCCCACGUCCAAGAGGACAGCAGCACGCAGAGGUACAGCGCUGACCCCACAGUGUUCGCCCCAGAACGGAGCCCACGAGGAGAGCUGGAUGAAGAAGGUUACAUGACCCCUAUGCGAGACAAACCCAAACAAGAAUACCUGAACCCUGUGGAGGAGAACCCUUUUGUCUCUCGGAGGAAAAAUGGAGACCUUCAAGCUUUGGAUAAUCCUGAAUAUCACAGUGCUUCCCACGGUCCACCCAAGGCAGAGGAUGAGUAUGUGAAUGAGCCACUGUACCUCAACACCUUUGCCAACACCUUGGGGAACUCUGAAUACCUGAAGAACAACGUACUGUCUGUGCCAGAGAAGGCCAAGAAAGCAUUCGACAACCCUGACUACUGGAACCACAGCCUGCCACCUCGGAGCACCCUUCAGCACCCAGACUACCUGCAGGAGUACAGCACAAAAUAUUUUUAUAAACAAAAUGGAAGGAUCCGGCCUAUUGUGGCAGAGAAUCCUGAAUACCUCUCUGAGUUCUCGCUGAAGCCAGGCACUGUGCUGCCUCCUCCACCCUACAGACACCGGAAUACUGUGGUGUAAGCUCAGCAGUGGUUUUCAGGUGGAGAGAGACGCCCGCUCCAAUUUCCCCGCUGCCUCUCUUUCUCUUGUGGUCUUCCCUCUACUCUCAAGGCCAGUAGUUCUGACACUUCCCAGUGGAAGAUAUCAAGAUGCAAUGAUAGUUAUGUGCUUAUCUAACUUGAACAUUAGAAGGAAGGACUGAAAGAGAAAGACAGGAGGAACCACACUGUUUCUUCAUUUCUCUGCAUGGGUUGGUCAGGAGACUGGAACAGCUAGAGAAGGACCAGCAAAUAUGAGACAAUACUGCCUGCUGUCAAACUAGUUCCCAACUUUUUUUUUUACAUUGUUUUCUUUGCCUGCCUUCCUUCCUUCCUUCCUUCCUUCCUACCUUCCUUCCUUCCUUCCUUCCUUCCUGUAUUUCAAUGCACAUGCUUGAAAGACCCAAGCUGCAGGAACCGAUGUGUACAUUUUCAGCAUCCCUGGAAAUCCUAAUGAUGUUUCCAGAAGAACAAAAUGAUAACCUUUUUUAUAAUGUAUGAUAGUAACUAAGAUUGAAAAUCCAAUCUCUUUCUCAGACAGUUUCAAUCUUGACAAGCAAGAAUGGCCAAAUCAGCUUUCAUAAGUUUUGAAUCUUCAUCAAAGUUAUAACUAGUAAUUAUGUUUGGAGAGCUCUUUUGUUUUUUUAAUUUUGUUUUGCUUUGAUCUGUCUCUUCAUAUUACUUUCUCCCCUCUUUUCAGCUUUAAUUUAUAAUUGCAAACAUUUUUCCAUCAAACCUUCUUAGGUGUUGCUAUAAAUUGAAAGAAUUGUAAAAAGAAAUAUUUUAAUAUGGUGAAAUGGCCACUAUUUUAAACAUGCAGUCUUUAGAAUUAGAAGGGGAAGCCAAGAUAUUAGUCAAAUGUAACAUCAAAUCUUACUUUUGUGUUUUACACUAUUGAAUAUGUAUCCCCCCCCCCAAUCCUUUACAUUCUUCAACAUUUUCUUCCCCUCUAUGAAUGACAGUACUUGAUAGGCAGUUGGUAAUGUUAAGAGUAGAAGGGAAACUAAGAGACAGUUCUGUGUGGUUCAUGAAAACUACUGACACUUUCAGGGGUGGUCCAAUGGGGAAUCCAUUGAACUGGAAGAAACACACUGGAUUGGGUAUGUCUACUUGGCAGAUACUCAGAAAUGUAGUUUGCACCUAAGCUAUAAUUUUAUUUGUUCUCUCUCUGAACUCCAUUUUGGAUUUUGAAUGAAGCAAUAUGGAAGCAACCAGCAAAAUAAUUCAUUUAAGUACUUUUUUUUUAAAAAAAAAAAGAGCUAAGAUAAAGAAAGACUGUGGAAAUGCCAAACCAAGCAAAUUAGGACUUUGGAACACUUUGGGAUUAUGGUGAGAGGGUCAGCACAUGAUCAACAUGUGAUAUCACAUUUCCUAAACAAGGAAAUUUGUCCAGUUUGUAUACUCCACUUGAAGGAAUGCAAGUAAGGAUUGGCUUGAAUUCCAUGGAAUUUCUAGUAUAAGACUCUAUAUUAAGUGGAAGGUAACUCUUUGCACAUAAAUUGGUAUAAUAAAAAGAAAUACAAACAUUCACUGCUGAUAGAUAGGUCCUUGGGUCAAAAGUUGUAAAUAAAUGUGAAAAAACUUCUCAUGUAAUUAUUUUAAUAUCCAACAUACUACUCUUUUGAUACUUUAUAUAAUAACUCUUUUUCUUCAAACACAGCAUCCUAGUUCUAGAGCCACCUUUCUUGUGUAUCACUUUAAAGAAUACCUACUGAGUUAAGAUGAGCAAUGGGAACAAAUAGUAGGAAUGAGUUUUCAGGAAAAGGGGGCCUCAGGUCAGUAAUUAGAAAAAUUGGAUAAAAAUCUCUCUCUUUUAGGAAAAUCUGGCCAAUUCAUUUGGAAUUUUUAAAAAAUAUUUCUUUCCAAUGUUAAAGUAUUGGGAUCAAAUUUGAAUGUAUAACCUAAUUGAAAGCAAUUAGACUAAAAAUCUCUAUUGGCAAAGAGGAGAGUUUAGAGAAAAAGGAUGAAAAGAAAUCUAGGUUUCUGCCUAUUUUGAAAAGUAGAUCUAUCUAGCCAUUCAGCUCCCUUAUUUUUUCAACUCAUAUUUAUUUAUAGUCUACUAAAAGCACUGUGUUAUGUGGGGAACACCAAGAUAAAUGCAAUACUAUCCCUAACUUUAAAAUUUUACGAUCCAGAUUUAUUUGGCAUGACAUUUAAUUUUUUUAUAUAAUUCAAGGAAUACAAUUGCAUGGACUAUUUUAUGAAUAGUCAUAUAAAAUCAACUCUUUGUUAAAAGAUCUCCUGUGAACUCAUGUGGGACAUGAGUGAAACACCCUACAAGCUCCUGAAGUUAGCAAAUAGGAUAGUUUCAGUGUUAUCAUUCAAACACAAACUGUUCUAGAAGGAUAUUGUAUCACUGGCUAAUUGUCCUAUAUGGAUUCUAACUUAACCAUUAAAUCAACAAUAGAUGUUGGUCUUUGGCCAGGAACAUUGGAGAAAUUGGGAUUGGUUUCUUCCUGAGUUAUGAAAAGUGAGGGAAGCUUAAAGGCUGAGGUAGAGCAAGCGUGGGGUUUGUGAGAGCUCUUCCAGUGAAAUUCAAACAUGAACUUCCCAGGAUUGAAGACACAGAAUGAUUCAGGGGCCACAGCCUAAUAGCUUAGAGCUCUUUCACCCAGUCAGAGGAGUAUCCAGGAAAAGGGGUCCUCACAUCAGUGUUUAUGAAAGUUUAGAUAUGAACCUCUCUUUCUAAAUAAAUCUGUACCAACUCAUCACUGACAGCAUCCUUGUUGGAUACUAGAACUUGAUUUUUUCUCCUGAUUUACAAUAUUCAUAUGGUUUCUAUGGGGAUAUGAAAAGCAGAAUCACAUAUUGAAGAAGGAAAGAAAAAUAAUUAUUUUACUGUUAAGGUAAUAGAAAUGUAUUCAGUGAAGGUAGUGUCUCUGUCAUCCUAGGAACAUAAGACCCUUACACAUAAGGUACUAAUAACUGGAGAUAGAUGCAAGUAUAAUCCAAAAUGACCCAAAAUGCUUCACAAGAACUUUAUUGUUCCUUUUGAAUGAUUUCUGUAGCACAUACUUGAUUUCAGUUGUUUUAGGGUUUCUCUUUUGAUUUAUUUUUGUCCCCCUAGGAAAACAUAUUUCAGAGUGUAUGAGAGGGAGAAAAAAAAAGUUUCAUUUGUUCCAAAGAAUAACUUAUUCAACUCAGUAGAGUGAAAUUUUGAAAUGCCAAUUAACCUGUGAAGUGCAUCAGAAUAUCAGAUUAUUGUAGGCUAGUUAUAUCAGUGCAAAUAUGCAGAACCAAUUAAGUAAAUUUAAAGAAAAUUAGUAGUCAAAUUACACAGACUGUAUUUUUUAAAUCACCAAAUCUUGUAGCUCAUACCUAUCUUGGGGAAUCUUAUUUCCAGGUAAGAAAAACUGUAUAAUUAAAUGGUUGUUUAGGGCAGUGGUUCUUAGGCAGGUGAGAAAAGAAGUUUUCUAAACCGAGGUAGACCCAGAACCUCAAAGCAUCCUGAACCACAAAGAGAUGCUUGAACUACUGAGUAGAAAUUGAUUUUCCAAAUAUUAGUGGCACAGGUUAGGAUGAAAGUUUUUCUCGGGCAAUAUUCUUGAAAUGGAAUGAAAAACAAUGCAAAACUCAAAUCAGAUUAAAAUGUAUAAACUAAAAAUUUGAGAUUGUUUUCUUAGUAGAUCAGGAAGAAUGACAAUAUUUGUAGCUGGAGAGGAGAAACAGUGUUCUUCUAAGUGUAUAUAAUGUAUGUGUUAAUACCUUGUAAAAUCAAGACUUGGCAUGAAGAUCAUGUAUAUUUCCAAUGCCUAGGACAAACCAGUAGGACUGUGAGAUGCUGCCCCUACAUGAAGUUGAAAGGGUUAUCAACAUGCUUUUUGAAGUGUCAAAAAUUAAAAAAAAAAAAAAAAAAAGGAAAUU